GAGAACUCGAUUCCAAAAUUUUUUUUCGCAAAUAAUAGUAUAGAUUCAAAUAAAAAAAACCAAAACCGGUUCAAGUAACCUGGUCGUUACAGUGCAUUUCUUUACUCUUCCUCUCCACUUGCAAAGAAGUCAAGACCUAGCUGUGUAUCCUCUCUAUUUAAGCGUCUUUACCUUUUUUUCUGUUUCUUCUUCAGAUCUGAAAGCUUAGUGAUCCUCUUCUUCUUGCUGUUAACAAUGAUGGCUUCUUCUUCAUCAUCAUCAUCAUCUCUGGCUCUCAUUUGGUUGUAUCACGUCUUCCUGAGCUUCCGUGGUGAAGAUGUACGCAAAGGCUUUCUUAGUCACGUUCUGAAAGAGUUCAAAAGCAAGGGAAUCAAUGUUUUCAUUGAUAACGAGAUCAAGCGUGGUGAAUCUGUCGGUCCAGAGCUUGUUAAAGCGAUCAGACAUUCAAGGGUUGGCGUGGUCUUGCUCUCCCGUAACUACGCUUCUUCAAGCUGGUGUCUGGAUGAGUUAGUUGAAAUCAUGAAGUGCAGGGAAGAGGUUGGCCAAACAGUGAUGACCAUUUUCUACAAUGUGGAUCCAUCUGAAGUUAGGAAGCAGACCGGAGAUUUCGGAAAAGCCUUUGAUGAAACCUGUGUGGGGAGAACAGAAGAGGUGAAGAGGGCAUGGAGGCAAGCUUUGAAUGAUGUCGCGAGUAUAGCUGGUUACGACGCUAGCAACUGUGACAAUGAAGCUGAUUUGAUCAACAAAGUCGCCUCAAAGGUCAUGGCUGUGUUGGGUUUUACACCAUCAAAAGACUUCGAUGACUUUGUUGGCAUAGAAGCUCGUAUCAUGGAGAUAAAAUCGAAGUUGAUCCUACAGUCAGAAGAAGUUAAGGUGAUUGGGAUUUUUGGUCCUGCCGGGAUUGGUAAGACGACCACUGCCAGAGUUUUAUACAACCAACUCUCUCCUUAUUUUCAAUUCAACACGUUUUUGAAGAAUAUCAGAGGGAGUUAUGAGAAGCCUUGUGGUAACGACUAUGAUUUGAAGCUGAAUUUUCAGAAAAGCAUGUUGUGUCAAAUAUUCAACAAAGAGGACAUUGAGGUUCGUCACUUAGGAAGGGCUCAAGAAAUGCUUAGUGACAAAAAGGUGUUGGUUGUUCUUGAUGAAGUGGACAACUGGUGGCAGCUAGAGGAAAUGGCAAAGCAGCCUGGAUGGGUUGGUCCCGGAAGUAUAAUUAUCAUUACAACCGAAGAUAGAAAACUCUUCAAGGCACUCGGACUUGGGAUCGAUCAUAUCUACGAGAUGAAAUAUCCAACUAGCAAAGAGUCUCUCCAGAUCUUCUGCCAAUAUGCGUUCGGUCAAAAGUCUCCCGAUCAAGGUUUUGAAAGUCUUGCUAGGGAAGUUACUUGGCUUGCUGGUGAUCUUCCUCUAGGCUUGAGAGUUAUGGGAUCUUAUCUACGAGGAAUGUCCAGGGAUGGGUGGAUAGAGGCACUACCAUGGCUAAGGUCUACCCUUGACAGAGAAAUUGAAUCAACUCUAAGAUUUAGCUACAACGCCUUGCGGGAUAAUGAAAGAACUCUUUUUCUGCAUUUAGCAUGUUUGUUUGCUGGUAUCAAGGUUGAUAGGUUCAAAAGGUAUUUUGCAAAUAGUAGUUUGGAAGUCAACCAUGGGCUUGAAGUCUUAGCUCAAAAAUCUCUUAUAUUUAUAGAAUACGGAUUAAUACAAAUGCAUAGAUUACUGCAACAAAUAGGUAGAGAAAUUGUCAAGAAACAGUCGAUGGAGGAGCCUGGAAGGCGACAGUUCUUGAUGGAUACUAAGGAGAUUUCUCAUGUACUUGAUGAAGAUACUGCUACUGGAAAUGUUCUAGGCAUACAGUUGCGUUGGGGCGAGAAAAUCCAAAUAAAUAGAAGCGCUUUCCAAGGGAUGAAUAAUCUCCAGUUUCUAUACUUUGAAUCUUUUACCACAACAUGCAUAUCCGAGGACCUCGACUGUCUUCCCGACAAUCUGAGAUUGCUAUACUGGCGAAUGUGUCCACUGAGAGUUUGGCCUUCCAAGUUCUCUGGCAAGUUUCUUGUUGAACUAAUCAUGCCAAAUAGCAAAUUCGAGAUGCUUUGGGAGGGAACUAAACCUCUCCCAUGCCUCAAGAUUUUCGAUUUGAGUCGCUCUUCAAAUCUGAAAAAGGUUCCAGAUCUCUCAAAAGCAACGAGUCUCGAGGAAUUACUUCUCCAUCACUGUGGAAAUUUGUUAGAGCUCACAAGCUCUAUUGGCAAUGCCACUAAGCUAUAUCGAUUGGAUAUACCAGGGUGUACACACAUCAAAGACUUCCCAAAUGUUUCUGACAGUAUCCUAGAGUUGGAUCUGUGCAAUACAGGAAUAAAAGAGGUUCCUCCAUGGAUUAAGAACCUGCUUCGUCUGCGUAAACUGAUUAUGCGUAGAUGCGAGCAGUUGAAAACUAUAUCGCCAAACAUUUCUAAGUUGGAGAAUCUUGAGCUUCUUAGUCUGAGUAACUAUGCUUACUUUCCAUUUGAUGAUCGUUAUUAUAACAAUGAACAUGCAGAUGAUCACCUAGUAGAUAAGUGUGAUGAUGUAUUUGAAGCAAUAAUCGAGUGGGGGCCUGACUUUAAGCGCCGUUGGAGAUUACGAUCGAACUUCAAAGUUGACUACAUUUUGCCGAUAUGUCUGCCCGAGAAGGCUCUUACAUCUCCUAUAUCAUUUCGUCUCCGCAACAGAAUUGGUAUCAAGACUAUUCCUGAUUGCAUCCGCCGUCUCUCGGGACUAAUUAAGCUUGACGUCAAAGAAUGCAGAAGACUCGUAGCACUUCCACCGCUUCAAGCUUCCCUUCUAUCUUUAGAUGCACAAGGUUGUAAUUCUUUGAAGAGAAUAGACUCCUCUUCUUUACAAAAUCCGAACAUUUGCCUAAACUUUGAUAUGUGCUUCAACCUGAACCAAAGAGCAAGAAAGCUCAUCCAGACAUCAGCUUGCAAAUAUGCGGUAUUACCGGGUGAAGAAGUGCCUGCACACUUCACUCACCGAGCCACUUCAGGUUCCUUGACGAUCAGUUUAACUCCAAGGCCUCUUACUUCAUCCUUCAGAUUCAAAGCUUGUAUCUUGUUGUCAAAGGUAUAUAAUCAUCUCGCGGAUAACAAUGAUGACGACGAUGAAGAGGGUGAGAAUUCAUUGACGGGCAUGUCUUAUUCCGUCAGGGGUAAACAUAAUGGCCUUACAUUAGGAGGUGGAUCAAACCAGCUCCAUAUGCCAGCUCUAUCUGGAUAUGAAGAGCAUCUGUAUAUAUUUGAAGAUUCUUUCUCUCUAAGCCAGGAUAGUCGUGAAGCCAAAGAAACCACUUUCAGCGAGCUUACUUUUGUGUUCAGAGUCCAUGAUAAAACAUGCAAGGUCAAAGGCUGCGGUGUACGGCUUUUAGAGGCAAACAAUGAAAGUGCAGGUGGUGGGGAUGAAGAAAAUGAUGAUGAUGAUGAUGAUGAUGAUGAUGGUGGUGAGGAAGAUGAAGGUGGUGAUGGUGAUAAUAAUAAAUAAUAGAGCUGAGGAGAAUGUUAAUGAUUCUGUUUUUUAUGAUGCAGGAAACACAGAAGCAAACAAUGAAACUGAAGGAGAAGAAUCUAAACGUGAUGAGGAUGAAGAGACGAGUAGCAGUAAACGAAUGAAGUUGAACUUUUCUAGAUUUUUCCAGUAACCAAAAGUUUCUUGCUCUCUGUAUUACUUCUGGUGAUUUGUGUAAAUUUAAGUAAUGAUCUCUUUCAUGGUGAUUGCUUAUUCAUGUGCUGAGAUAACAUCUAAUUCACGGGAAAGAUCCAAGCUUUUUUCUCUAUCA